CGCGGCUGCGGGAAAAUGGCGGCUCGGGCGCGGCGGCAUCGCUCGCGUUAUGCAGUGCUCCCGCGGGGUGACUUUUGCGAUAGCGCUAAGAAGGCGAUUGAUGAACCUUCUUUAACGACUUCCAUGGAGUGGGACACGCAGGUGGUGAAGGGGUCCUCGCCGCUCGGCCCUGCAGGGCUGGGGGCGGAGGAGCUGCCAUCCAGCCCGCGGUUGCCGUCGUGGCUGCAGCCCGAGAGGUGCGCCGUGUUCCAGUGCGCUCAGUGCCACGCCGUGCUGGCUGACACGGUGCACCUCGCCUGGGACCUGUCGCGGUCCCUAGGGGCCGUGGUCUUCUCCAGAGUCACAAAUAACGUGGUUUUGGAAGCUCCCUUCCUAGUUGGCAUUGAAGGUGUGCUCGAAGGCAGCACUUAUAACCUUUUAUUCUGUAGCUCCUGUGGGAUUCCCAUUGGUUUCCAUCUGUAUUCUACCCAUGCUGCCCUAGCUGCCUUGAGAGGUCACUUCUGCCUUUCCAGUGACAAAAUGCUGUGCUAUCUCUUAAAAACAAAAGCCAUAGUAAAUGCAACUGAGAUGGAUAUCUACAACGUACCACUACCAGAAAAGGUUGCAGAGCUAAAAGAGAAGAUAAUGUUGACGCAUACUCGCUUAAAUUCACUGAUGAAAAUUCUGAAGGAAGUGACUCUAAACCAGUCCAAGCCAGAAAAUUGAUCCAACCAAAGCUUGUUAUCAGGGUCGGGCUUUACUGCUGUCUUCAACAACAGGUGCUUUUUGAUCAUUUCUCAAGAAAGAUCGACUUAAAGAAUGG